UAACAAGUCAAGUCAGUAACUUCGGAGGCGAGCAACAUAUAUCAGACUACACGAGACCUUAGCAUCCAACAUCUAUCACUAUGUUGCGUGAUUUGAUUGGAGGUCUUUUGCUAAUUGCUGCUGUACUGCAAAGCGCCGUCGGAUUACAGCCCAAAGAAGAUUGCCUUUUGCAAGUUGAUAAAGGAACGUGUAAUGACAACAUCCAGCGCUAUCAUUACAAUACAGUCACCCAACAGUGUGAAGAAUUCAGCUAUAGCGGGUGUGGAGGAAACGCAAACAACUUCAAAUCCUUUUUGGAAUGCCGAAAAGCAUGCUUCAGGAUACCAAAAGUUCCUCAAAAAUGUCGUUUUCAAAUGGAAGAGGGGCCCUGCCGUGCUCUCUUAAAGCAUUAUUUCUUCAAUAUGACCUCCAUGCAGUGUGAGUCCUUCACUUAUGGUGGCUGUCAAGGCAAUGACAACAACUUUCAAAACCUUCAGGAAUGUAUGGAAUAUUGCAGAUAUUUACCUUCUAAAAAAAUCAAUGUGAUUUGCAAUGAAAUUUUGGAUGAAGGAAAUUGCUUAGCUUCCAUACCAAGGUAUUACUACAACUCUACUACGGAGACUUGCGAGGAGUUCACAUACACAGGGUGCGGAGGAAGCAACAAUAACUUCACCUCCAGACAAAGCUGUAUGGAUGCUUGUAAAACUGGAAGAAAACGUUUGAGUCCCAAAGAUUUCAAAGGAUACCGAAGACGAGUAACGGCCCAGACAUCAAGGCAGAAGUCAGCCAAAUAAUGGUUCAUGAAGUCAUUGGCACUGUACCGACACAGAUUGUUGCACUGAUUUUACAGUAUUGCAGUUAAAGUCAGCUGUUUAUACACAUCUUACUCUGUUCAUAUAUUAUAUUGAUUUUUAAAAGUUUAAUAUUCUCAUGUAUUUUUAUGCAUUUGUAAAAUAUUUAUUUUCAGUAAAGAAUGUACUAUUUUUGAUUAUUUGUAUUAUUAAAUACAGUUUUCAGCAAGCCUAACAAUGUUUAAGUGAUGAAGCAAAACGUUUAGUUUACAGGAAUUAACAACAAUUUUUAAUAAUUUGAUGUUAUACUACAGAUAUUUAAUUGAAUGUCGUUCUCUGUUAAGACUGGCAGCAGAUAUCAUCUCAUGAUUAAAAAAAAAAAAGUGACACUUAAACUGAUGAACUCAAGAAUUAAAAAUUUAAAUGGUCAUUGUCUGCUGGGUCAAAGAUCGCAUGUUAUUAACUAUUAAAAUGAGAAAUGAGAAUGCA